AUGGCCAAGCAACGACGGAGCGGCGCCGGCGCCGGUAACGUCGCCUCGGACGCCGUCCGGCCGAAGCCGGAGCGGACGCGGAGGAGCGUGCGGCGGGGGCGCCCCUCCCAGCGCACAUCCUCGUACCGCGGCGUCACACGGCACCGGUGGACGGGGCGGUUCGAGGCGCACCUGUGGGAGAAGAACACCUGGACCGAGCCGCAGAGGAAGAAGAAAGGGAGGCAAGUUUAUCUCGGGGCGUACGGCGGCGAGGAGGCGGCGGCGCGCGCCUACGACCUGGCGGCGCUCAAGUACUGGGGCCGCGGCACCGUCCUCAACUUCUCGCUGUCUAGCUACGGCCAAGAGUUGAAAGAAAUGAGGCGCAGUCCAGGGAGGAGUACAUCGGCUCGCUCCGGAGGUACACAAAUAACUCCAAUUUUUGGCAAGUGGUUCUGUCUGUUAUCAGAUCAGACAGCGUGGCAAAAUGAAAAGCACUGGCUUCUCAAGAGGGGUGUCCAAGUACAGAGGCGUCGCAGGGUAGAGCUGAUCUUUCAUUGCAAGAUUUGUACUGAACAUUUUUCAGAUUCUUGCAAGAAAAACUCUGCGCGCAUCACCACAACGGCAAAUGGGAGGCUAGGAUUGGGCGUGUGUUUGGCAACAAGUAUCUCUACCUAG